AGGAAAAUUUAUUUGAGGGUGAUUUAUGCAGCCCUGUUAUACAUAUAUUUUGUAACAGAAGUAUUUCUUUAUAUUUUUUGUUUAUCAUUUGUAUUUUUCUCAUAUCAACAUUCAUUAGUUUAAUAUUGUUUCGGUGUUUUAGUUUCCUACGUAAGACACAUAAAGAAAACAAAAAAUUACAAAUAGAAUCAGAAGAAACUUCAAAAAAAUUAAGCCCCUCUGAAAAGAGCUUAGCAUAUUCUAGUUCAAAAAAGGUUAGCUUGGAAUUUCCUAUAAAAUUAAAUAUAUUUUACUGUGAGAAUAACUUAAAAGAUAUUAAUGAACCAAGUUCAAUGCAGAUAUUUGAAGCAAUUGUUGAGCAUUAUCUUAAAGAACUUUCAUUUUCUUCUGGGAUGGACUGGUCAUCCUUGUUUAGCCAAGCUGGGUACAGCCCGAUCGCCUCUACUUCUCCAUCAUCUCUCAGCUCAGUGAGUUCAAUCACUUCACCUCGGCUAAAUAGAAGAACAAUUCAACAACAUCGACGAGGGUCUCCAUCUACAGAUACCAAACAGCCUAAUUUUAAACUAACUAAAGAACAUUCAACACAUUUCUGGAUCAAGUAUGAACAGUUCCAAUCAGAAAUGAAGUGGGUGUAUCCAGAUAAUGUCUUAGACAUAGCAAGUGUUCAACAACUUUCCAAACAUGAUGAUAAAUUGUCAUCAAUUCUUCAAUUUUUACAUCAAAAUUGUAUUAAAAGUCAACAGUGGAGUAUGGCAACUUCAGUUAUAAAUUAUUCUCUUUUUCUCCUCCAACAAGAACUGAAAUGUCAUUGUCUGGAAGUGUCGGAACUAUUUACCUUUUCCAAGUUUGAAAGUGUUGGCAGUGCAGCAGAUGGAACUCUUAUAGGAUGUGCGGACAGAUUUGAUGUGCUGGUGGUUUUUGAGCUUUCCAAAUGUGGAGAAUUCUUAGCACUGCAUAGCAACCUAACGCCAGAAAUACCUGCUGGUCAAGUAAUCCUUGGUACCAGAGACGCAGAUGUUACUUCUACAAAUAAAAGUUAUCUUAAAAAAACUGUUGUGGAAAACAUCAUAGCAGAUUUCAUAUUACCAAAUGAAUUUGAAGACCAUAUUGAAAUUUUAAUUAAAAAAAUUAUUUUAAAAUUAAAUAGUUCAUAUAGGAAUAAAUUUGAUAAACUACCGUUUAGUUUUCAGAUGUCACCUAGUAAAAAGUUAACCAUUAGUUUUGAUACCAGAUUAAUGCAAGGCUUUGGUGUUGACAUUGCAGAAAUCAGCUUGAGAUUAAUACCAGCUAUCAGUCUUUCUUGUACAGAGAAUAGUUUACUCCCUCCUGUAUACGCAGUCCCCUCGUGGGGAGAUCACAUCAAACUUGGACUCAAUGGAAACACCCAAGCCAAAUCAAUGUUAGGUAGAAUAUUUAGAGAUGAUAUCCUGGAUCAUCUGUUUUGGAAUCUCUCUACAGAAAAACUGAAAUCUGGCAUCGUUGCUAGCUUUGAAAACAGGCUGCAGUUAAGUGGUGUCAGAAGCUGUCACAGACUAUGUCAGAUGACACUUAAAGCACUGUUUUCUCAAGGGAAUAAAAAUAAACUUCUGAAUAAAGGGGAAGUCGACGCUCACAUUAUAAGUCACGUGGUCAGUUUUCUUCUUCAGGAAAGUCCUCCCUCCGCAUGGACUUCUGACAACCUGUCAGACAGGGUCUCCGAUGCUAUUCACUUCUUGAGGUCAUCAUAUCAGAAUAUCUGGCUGCCAAAUUUUGCCAUUCACAAUCCUCAUCUUGUUGCCAAAAUGCCUUGUCUAGAAAAUAUGGCCGCACUCUUGUCAGGUAAACAACAGAAUUUGUUAGCACAUGUUAGUGAGGAUGCUGCCUUGAAAGUGUUAGAUUACAUUGAGCUUCGCCUACAAGAAACAGGACUAGCAAAGUGUGUGAAGAAUGAAUUUUCCUCCCAAAUGUGGGAGUAUGAAUUUUUUAUGUUUGGUUGAUAUUUAUUUUGAUUUUAAAAUAAAAGAAUUAAUCUGGCAUCUUUUCAAUAUCAGAGUUUAGGUCUGGUUAUUUUUAAUCAAGAAGUUUUUGUUUGAAUUUAUGUAAAAUUGAAUACACUAUAAAUUUUACUUUCAUAUAAUUAUCUGAGAUUUUCUAGAUCUUCAAGAUUUAAUUUUCAUAAAAAAUAGAACCACAGUUUUUUGGAGAUUGAUUUUUAAAAUAUUCUUGUAUUCACACAAUCCAAGCAGGCCUAUUAAGAAUGUUUUAUUUAUAA